ACUAUCGACUGAAAGUUUGGUUAUGUUUCUUGUUUGUUUACCAUUUGUGAUAACGCAUAUCAUAAUUUCUCGUGAUUUCUGGACUAUUUCAUAAAGACAGUGGGUCAGAAAUGGAAGUGAACCCAUUGAGUGUGAUUCUGGUCAAGUCAGACAGCAAAGGAGAUCGACUCCUUUUCCGAUAUCCCUACAAUGUUGUGCCUCCGAGUGAAACAAGUCGACAGAAAAUACGAAAAUCCCCAUAUUCUCUACCUUCCUCUGAGGAUCUUCAGUCCUCCCACACCCAAACCUCAAAUAUCUACCAGGGAAAUUUGUCAGGCUUCACAGAUGAAGUACUCUCAACUCUAUUUGCCGUGAAACAGGAAUUGUGCAAUAGGAAAUUUGAGUUGAAAGUGAAUGAUGUGAGAUUUGUUAGUCAUCCAACACUGAUGCAGCCAAAGAAAGAUGAGCAGAAGUCAUUCAUUCUGGUCAAUAUCGUCUUUGCCCUUCACGCUCAAGCCAGCUACUCAAUUGUGAAGUGCUAUUAUGAGCUGAGCAAACGUUUGGGAAUUGCGCUAUUUUACGAGGAAAACCGUGCCGGAUACCUUUCAGAUGAAAUGAAAAUAAUGGUCAAGACACACGAUGAGGUGGCUACAAUAGCUGAACAAGGCGGGAGCAAUGGGAUUACCCCAAAAGUCCCUUCAGUGUUUGAUUUGGUGCUAGAAAGAUCAUCUCUAGCUCAGUGCCUCAAGACAAUCUAUCACGAUCUCUGCACAACUGGUCUCCUCAAUGUCACCAUCAAUCAGUGGUUAACCCUGAGCUUCUGCCUUCCCCAGAAAGCCCAUCAAUUUCACAAGAAGGGUUUUAUCGUUGAGCCAGAAGCAAUUGAUCGAUGCCUGGAGUCUCUAAAACCCUACCAUGGGAUGCUACUCCUCGUAGAUCCUUCAGAACUCCUAGAUUGCUUUCCACCUCGAGGUGCCCGGAUGCUCAUUCAAUUAAUUGAAGUGUACAAUCCUCUGAAGAGCCUCCAGAACAUGGCUACAGAUGCCGAUCUGGCUAUUGAUCAUGUUUAUCAACUUGUGGGACAUCUUGUCUACUGGGCAAAGGCCACAAUUAUCUACCCUCUGUGCGAGACUAAUGUCUACGUAAUCGCUCCUGAUGCUCCUCUACACAUUCACUCUCCGCUCGUGGAGAAGUUCAAGCUGAAAUUCCCCAGAAUGUCACUCUUUGAGGUUAUCAGUGAUUUUUCUCUGCCCACUUCAAUAGGUCACUUGACAACUCCUCUUCAGCCUCCAGCUCGCCAGGGCAGACUAGCUGAGAUGGUGCUAUGGAUGCUGCAGCAUCAUCUUUUGAUGCAGCUUCAUACUUAUGUGCAAUUUAUGCCGACUGAACAUGGGGAACCCCCAGAAGUUGAGGAUCAACCAACGGAAUUCGAUGCAGGAGAGAAUUCUAUGUCUCCCGAUGAUGAUAUACAUGCUGGAAGCUUAUUGAGCAUGUCCAGCCAGCCCAUGCCAGUGCCCAACACCAGUCGCCGGUCCCUCACGGACGAACACUUCUCAGAGAGCAUCUUGGACGACUCAACAGUCUUUGAGAACAUCGCAGCUCCUCCCAGUUCCAGUCACAAAUCCAACUACAGUACAAACCAGAGCGUCUCUCUCAGCACAGAUGCCGGGGAGAGCCUAGGCUCAGCGGAGGACGAGGAGAAAAUCAAAGAACUCCUGCAGGCCUUCAAUGAGCCCGAAAGAUCAGCUGUACGACAAGUACCAGCCUCCUCCAACAUCGAAGAUCUUGCUCUAAUGGUCAAACUCUACCAAGCUGGAUAUUUCAAGGGGCACCAUCAUCUCGAAGAAAUUAUCUAUUUUGAAAAUCUUAGAAGAUCACAGCUUCUGCAGCUUUUGGACAAAUUCAAAGAUGUCCUCAUUAUCUACGAAACCGAAGAUCCAGCUAUUGCAAAUCUCUAUACACAGACAUAAAAUAAAAGAGAAACUUAUUGCUUA